UUUGAGAUUUCUAGGAAAAUUUGGAAAUGUAAUUCUUCUAAGCCCCAUCUUUAAAAUUACACGUAUUAUUUAAUAGAAUACUACUAGUUUAUAAAGAAUAUAAAAAAUAGGGGAAAUAAAAAAAGCAUUGUAAUUAAAUAGUUAAUAAAAAUAAAACGUAUCAUUUAUAUAAAUGAUUUAUGCAAGAUUUCUAUGGUUUAUGAUAUUCUUAUGGUUUAUAUACUCUAUGAAUAACAUAUUCAUUCAACGAAUUUCAAAGAUUUCGCCUAACUCUAGGAUACUAUAAUAUUAUAAAACUGCAUUUCCCCUUUAUUUUUAUUUUAGCUAUUCUAAAAUUCCAAUCUUAACUCAUUUAAACUUGAGUUUUAUAUUAAUAAAGUGAUGUCUUCUCUAAUCUUUCGCUUAGUUUUCAUGGUUAUAGUACAACAAUAUUCCAUAUUAUAUAGGAUUAAUGAAAUUGUGUGUAGGUGUACUAUUACACAGGGUCAAAGAAUUCUAUUCCUAAAACGAUUUAAACAUAACUUUCGCCAGAAGCUAGGAAAACACUUUCUCAUGGGAAUCUUCUUAAGGAAUCCGGAAUCGACCACGAACUACUAUUCCUCGUCGACUUCUUACAAGCCACAGAAGAGUCACGUAUGUUCCAGUCUGACGUACCCGAAGAACACGUCGGUUCACAGUACCGACGCACCGCAUAUCCGGACUCAUUCUAAACCCAACCGAGAUAAGCAUUCCUCGAGUUAUUCCUCGAAAUUUUCAUCGAAGGGGAAGACCCAUUAUGACGAUGAGCUGGGAGAUAUCGAUAAAUUGAAAUUUACCGACGAAGGAUUAGGAAAUCUUAUAGAAGACCAUAUAGUAGAAGACGUUGAAGAGGAACUUACAGAGGACGAUCGCGAAGUGCCAGCUGAAUUCUUGGACAAGGAUUACGAGGAACAAGAAGCGGACGAUGAAAUAGACGACGAAUCUGACGGGUCACCGCAGACUCAUAGAUCUCCGAGAGGAGGUAAAACAGAGGCAUUGCUGAGACAACAGCGAUGGGGAAACGUAGAGCAGCAGCCAGAUACGCGAAAACUUCGUUACCAGCAACAUGUGGCUAUGAUACACAAUCAUCCUUCAUCCCCCAGGUACUACCGCAACGUGGCUGAGCACGAAGUACCCGAGCCCUUAUCAGAAGAAGACUUCGUCCGAACGUCGCUGAAAAGUCCGCCGAGACGGCAACCUGCGAACUAUCGCCAAUGGUCGUCAUCGAGAAACGAACCUGAUCGAUACGACGACACGACGACGUUGAUCCAUACGACUCGACGAGCCCGUACUAAACCGGAUGUGGAUCGGCUGAUAGAGUCGGAGUUGAACAGAACGAAAAGGUGCAAUCGUUGUGGUAACCUGUCGAGCAAAAAGAACGAACCGCCUCUGAAGAAUAGCUGUAGAUUCGACGAUUGUGCGAAUAUUCCUAUCAAGGGACCAAUCGGCGACGAGUCCGAGAACCACGAGCAAACAUUCUGCGGCCGCUGCAACGUGAGGUACAACUCCAAGGAUCCCUGCGGUGCCACUGACAUCCCGUCGCCCUUAUACACCAUGAAAUCGCGCAGAUCCCGCGAAGUAAAAUCCCCAACUAUCUACGAGGUGCCAGAGCAAAGCCAGGACAAGCUCUCGACCGACUAUCCGCGAUCCUUAUCGAGAUACCAAAGAAAACUUACGGACGCGUACACGGAAAAAUUGAAACGGUCGUUGCACACUUCUCACGGUACUGCGCGUACAUCUUUUCGACACGUCGAAUAAAAUCGUUUUUUUGACUCCUCGGGAGAUCAAAGAAGAAGAACAACGAACCGAGAAGAUUGUAUAAGCGUUGGACUCGAGAAAAAAAUAUCGAAUCGAAUCUUGUGAAAAGAAUUUAAUCAUUGAAGCAAUCCCACGAACAUUCUAGUAACAUUUCAGGAUCGAAAAUCCUUUCCCUCGUUUCCAUGCGAUUCUCGCGACUAUUUUCGUAUAAGGAAUUCGUCCUUGUAUCGCUGUUUAAGGAUGUGUGUGUCGAACAAGGUAGAAACAAAGUCCAUUUCGUUGCAACUCAUCAACGUGAGAGACUCGAUCCACGAGAGCAACGGAAAGGCCAUCGUAGAGCAAAGAAUAAAAAAAAAAAAAGAAAAAAAAAGAAAAGAAUCGCUCCUAUUCGAUCGUUUCCCUUCUACUGGUUGUGUAAUAUAUAUUUUUGUAACUGUCCUCUCGGGUCUUGUAGAUGUUACACUGUACGUAUUGUCCGAGGCUAACGUUAGUUGCACGAUGUACAUACGCAUUAGGUGAAAUCGAUUAGAUUUUAAACGUGACCGUCAAAAAAAGAAAUCUUUUGCUUCACGUCUUCGGUGUUCGAUGAUCUUCUAAAUGGUAAUAUCACCGUUCCCCUCGGCACGAAAUCGACUGUAUAUACAAGACACCCACGAUUUCGAUUACGAUUUCUGUGUACACAUGUACGCGUACAUGUUCGCAAGAAGAAUAAAUCCUCGAA